AGCGUACAGCGCUCCACAGCGGUAUCAGUUUCAGUGCGGUUGACUUGAGCUGGCUUAUGGCAAGCGUAAUAUUCUUAUUCCUCUCAACAAGCAAUACAAUAUAUAUUCUAAAUAUCUUCGAAUUAUUUACUAUGGUCGCCACGGGAGGAUGUUUCCUGGAACGGAGCCAUGAAUCUAUAUAGCCAAGUAAAAUUAUAGCUAGGCUACUUUACUCCGCAGGAUAAUUAAUCGCUUGCGACUUGUGUACGUGAGACUCGUUACUAUUUAAUUUCCAUUAUGCGGUUAUUUAGGUUUCUACUUACAAAUGCUACUCCGAAGAUAGAGUAUUAUUCUCGAUUUUCUCCAUCGCCGCUGUCUAUCAAGCAAUUUUUGGAUUUCGGUCAAGAAAAUGCAUGUGAAAAGACUUCCUACAUGUUCCUGCGAAAGGAACUUGCCGUGAGAUUGGCCAACACCAUGCGCGAGGUCAAUCUACUUCCUGAUAACCUGCUCAGCCAGCCAUCUGUCAAACUGGUACAGACAUGGUACAUGCAGAGCUUUGUGGAACUGCUGGAAUAUGAGAACAGACGUCCAGAGGAUCCCCGUACCCUGAAUGAUUUCCUGGAUAUUUUGAUCAAGAUUCGUAACCGGCACAAUGAUGUGGUUCCAACCAUAGCCCAGGGCCUGCUCGAGUACAAGGAGAAAUUUGGCUUUGACCCAUUCAUCAGCAGCAACAUCCAGUACUUUCUGGACCGGUUCUACACAAGCCGGAUUUCUUUUAGGAUGCUCAUCAACCAGCACACCCUCCUGUUUGGUAAUGACACAAACCCUGCACAUCCCAAACACAUUGGCAGCAUUGACCCCAACUGCAAUGUGGUAGAGGUGGUGACUGAUGCCUAUGAGACAGCAAAGAUGCUCUGUGAACAGUAUUACUUGAUUGCACCAGAGCUGAAGGUCCAGGAGUUCAAUGGGAAAGCACCUAAGAAGCCUAUCCAGGCAGUGUAUGUGCCUUCCCACCUGUUUCACAUGCUGUUUGAGCUCUUUAAGAACUCAAUGCGGGCCACUGUAGAGCUACAUGAGGGCAAGCCAGGGGAUGUUCCUCCAGUAACUGCAUUGGUGACCCUAGGGAAGGAAGAUCUCUCUAUAAAGAUCAGUGACAAGGGUGGAGGGGUCCCACUGAGGAAAAUAGACCGUCUGUUUAACUACAUGUACUCCACUGCACCCACUCCCAGCCUUGAGCCCUCCCACGCUGCUCCACUGGCCGGUUUUGGAUAUGGCCUGCCUAUUUCUAGACUCUAUGCCCGGUACUUCCAGGGAGACCUGAACCUGUAUUCUAUGGAGGGGGUGGGGACAGAUGCUGUCAUUUACUUGAAGGCUCUUUCCAGUGAGUCUUUUGAGCGCCUCCCUGUCUUCAACAAGUCUGCCUGGCGACACUACCAGACAGGUCCUGAGGCAGACGACUGGAGCAUCCCCAGCAGUGAACCACGAGAUGCUUCCAAGUACAAGGCCAACCGAUAACUUACCUUCCCCCCCAGCUUCACCCAUUUUCUAAUUUCCUGUAAACACUGCAGCUGGCAGUGACUCCUCUGUAACUAACAGGAGCCUGCAUGUUGGUUGCAUCAUUUGUGACAGUCUCCUGCCCUCACACAUCAACAAUUAGCAUCAUACAAUGUGACCUCCUGAGGGGAGGGGAGGGGAAGGGAGAUCCAGUCUGUGGUAUUAUUAUAGCCACUGAUAAAUGAUGAAAAAAUAUUAUUGUUUCCCAAGCGUAAAAAAUAGGACUUUUCCCUAGGUAUGUGUAUAAUUAGGUUGUUUACUUGUCGGGUUCACGCCACAUGGAAUGAAAACAUAGAGUUUUCUCUUGUGCAAUGUAAGGUCUGUACAGAUAUAGAAAAGACGUUUUGAACAAUGGUGGAUAUAUACAAAAAUAUAGAAGCAUAUAUUAAUAUAGCUAUAUGUUCAUUUACAAUUAUGAUGUGUGGUUGAAGGCCCGAUGACAUCAGUGUUAGUCAAACUGAUUUUUAAAUGAAAUGGUUUUGGGAAUCUCACAUGAGGGAAGGUUUUAGAAGUGACCGAAAUGAGGUCACAAUAAACCAUAUCAGUUGUGCUUAGCAGAGACUUUCCACACCAAUAGGUAUUUAUAUUCAAUCAAGAGAAUACGGGGAUUCAGAGCUCAGGAAUGCUUGGCAAUGGGGAUACAUGCUUUAGGAGUAGUGUCUUUUCACUUGUCCCAUUUGCCCAUACAGGUCCACUGCCCUACGUAGCUGGUAUACUCUUUUAAAAUAAAUGGAAUGCUUGAACAUAAAUAUUUUGAAUUGUACAAGAACAUAAAAUGUUUAGAUUUUUUGCACUCUGUGUUCGCAUUCCAGCCAGCCUCAAUAAUUUACAUCUUGUGGAAAUACUUUUGAAAUUUGACCACAAACUUGAUUGGAAUGUCAGGCCUAUCUAAUAUGGUUUCCCCCCCUUUUUUGUCCACUGUGGGAAAGUUUGUACCUGUCCAAUCAAGUCAUUUGAAUCAGGGGGAUUUGACAUCAUUAGAUGAUGGCUUUCCAAUCUGGCCUCCUCCUUUAAAGGAUGGCUAGAUUGUGAUCAUUGUGUGAGUUCUUAGUUAACUCCUUUGUGAUCCAUUCUUUCAGACAGGGUGACCAAACUUCUGGAAGACUGUACAGUAAAUUAAGUCGACAUUAAAUGCUAAGCAUGAAAUGUUUUGCUGAGCAGUGCUGAAUUGUGAUGAGGGAAUAUGAACGUGCAACUUGAAGCUUGCAAAGUUCAAUUCUGUGUUGAACAUUGAUGUUGUGCCCUUGAGCAAGCUGUCUUUUCACUUGUUACUUGUCCCAUUAGCCGAUAUAGGUCCACUGCCCUACAUAGCUGGUAUACUAUUUUCAAAUGAAUGGAAUGUUUGAACAUAUAUAUUUUGAAUUAUACAAGAACAUAAAAUGUUUAUAUUCUUUGCACUCUGUGUUCACAUUCCAAAAGGCCACAAACUUGAUUGGAAUGUCAGGCCUAUCUAAUAUGGUUUCCCCCCCUUUUUUGUCCACUGUGGGAAAGUUUGUACCUGUCCAAUCAAGUCAUUUGAAUCAGGGGGAUCUGACAACAUUAGAUGAUGGCUUUCCAAUCUGGCCUCCUCCUUUAAAAGAUGGCUAGCUUGUGCUCAUUGUGUGAGUUCUUAGUUAACUCUGUUGUGAUCCAUUCAUUCAGCCAGGGUGACCAGAUUUCUGGUAGACUGUACAGUAAAUGAAGUCGACAGGAAAUGCUGAGCAUGAAAUGCUUAGCUGAGCAGUGUGUAGUUGUGAUGAGGGAAUAUGAACAUGUGACCUGAAGCUUGCAAAUUAAAAUUCUGUGUUGGACAUUGUUGUUGUACCCUAGAGAAAGCUAUUUUUGUCAAUAGCUCCACUAAAUAUAUGUGUGAGUGCAUGAUGCAAAAAAAGAUGUUUGAGUUAUAAUUGGAGGAUAGAUGUGUGUAAUUGGGACAUUCACAUCCAAAAGGUUAAAACUGUUUACCUUGGCAAUCUAAGAAAUCACCUGAAAUAAAUAAUUCCUCCCCCCCCCAAAAAAUUAUAAGGAAUUCCAAAAUCAUUUUUUAAUUGAUUAGGAAUGAUGUAUUUGAUUGAUAAAUAAAAAUGUAUAUUUUUGAUAAAGGGCCUUGGAUCAUCAAUAUUAUUUAGUUUGAGUUUGGAAAAACUGCAGUUGGUUGCAUUUUUUUUUGCAACUCAAGCAUUAUUAUUUCUCUUAAUGAGACAGAUAGAUAUUUAAUAUAUUUUUAAUUUAUAUUUAUUAAAAUUAAUGUAUUCAUAAAAAUACAAUAUAACAUUCUGAAUGGUAAAGUGCAGUUGAUGUAGACAGAUAUCUUUUCAUCAUUAAGUCUUCCUUUAAGUCAUAUUUAUGUUUUUCUACUGUCAAUGAAGCUCAGUUUCACAUUCUCAUGUUUGGUGGUUGGGUGGAAGUUGUGAAUUUUCUCAGAUUAUUUCGCACAUUUUGGCUGAGCACAGCCCUCCUUUGAUUUUGGUAAUCAGGGACAAAAUUAUAUUUUAUACUAUCCAUUCCUCAUAUGAAUGUCUCCUGUCUGCACUUUAUGGUGAUGCAUAUGCAUUUUUUUGAGAUAUAACUACAUUCAGCACAUACAUAUUUUGUCAUGAUUGAAUAUGAAGGUGGUGGAGGAGCCCUUCUGUAAACUGAGGUCUGAGAGAAACCGCCAAUGUGCCUGUUCUCAAAGAUUGGGUUUAAGUAAGAUAUUUUAAAUGACUCUUUAGGUGACUCUUCAACACAUUUCUAAUCCAUGCACCCUCUGCACAAGUUCUGUACUCUAUUGGUUAAAAUAUGAUCAUUUUUCUAAUUUAUUGUAUUUUUCUUUUCCUUUCUUUUUUUCUAACCAAAAAUAGAAUAUGUGGUUCAUUUUUGAGUUAUGUGCACUCCGUGUGAUUUCUGGGGGUAAUUUGUGAAACCGCUAAGCUAAAGUUAUUUAGGUUGUACCCUUCUUCCUGGGAGGUGAAUGGGCAUGCUGGGAAUUCAAAGACAAAACUAUACCAUGCACCUUAGUUAGAAAACACCUAGCAACGUAAAAGCAGAUUGUGAACCAAAGUGAUUUAUCAUUAGAUGGCUGACUAGAAUUCAAGUGCCAUGUGCAGAAGACCUGUAAGAACAGGCAUUGAAAAAAUGUGCGACCAGUCGAUUGGGGCCUUGUGGUCUCAUCACCCACAUCUCAGACCUUGUGACCUAUGCUUUCUCCUGGUGUUUGUGCAAAUAUAUAUAAAGUGUGUUUUGGUAUCUUUUGGUAUCUUUAUUGAGCUGACUUCAUGCUGUAGAGGUUCAGCUGGCAUCUACUGUGGUUGCUGUGUAGCUCUUGAUUGGGUAAUUGCCCAUGUCUUUUUGCCCUGACAUUUUCACUGUAGCAUCGAUUCAUGAUUAUACUGCCAUGCUUCUCCUAUAGCAUCUUUUGUCCAACAAAAUGAACCCAUUUAUUUUUUCCUGUUUUCGUAUUAUGGUGAACAUAGACAGGCAAUCAAAUGCCAGGCAGAUCCAGUAGUCCUAGGUUGAAUCAAGGGUGCAAGGACAUAACGUUAAUGUCCUGCAACCACGUAAGUGUUGACACUGACUGAUGUCAGUAUCCACUUCAAAUUGACAUUUAAAAGAGUGUCAUAUAAUCUGGUUGAUCGCUUAUGCGGGAGAGUUAAGUAGUAAUUGUUUUCCUAUGCCAUAAUCUAUUGUAUGAUUUGUGCAUAUAGGCAUUGCACUGUACAGAUAUGUUCUAUAAUGCAUUCAGUGCUAUGCAUGCAGUCAUUGAACACAACAGACUUCAAAAAUUGGAACUUUAUUUUUACCUGUGUAGCCGUCUACCACAUUAGCCGCUGCAUGUUAUUACCCCUCCAAAAAAAUACUUUAAAUAUGUUUACCUAAGGGACUACUGUAUUCUAUACUAUAUACAGUCUAUAAAUGUCUUUAUUUUGUUUUGUGGUUGGAAAGGACACUAAAACCACUUUCUAUAACCGCUGGUCAAAAUGCUUCUUCCUCAACUUUCUCUUGGUAUUGGUUGCUCAGGGAAGAGUGAGGGGUGGUUUUUACCAGUUUAGGGUCACAUUCAUUUUGCUUUCAUACCACAUGCUGUUUGUCUGUAUCGCAGCACUAUCUAUUUAUGCAGCUUACUCGGCUAUAAAGGAACAAUAGUACUUUCCUGCUAAACAGACGUGAGAUGUGUACUCAUAAUUCCUGUACUCGUUUCCUGUGUAUCCAAGACAAUAAAGACAUCUUUCUGCACAAUUUA